CAGACGGGGGUGUGGGCCGGGCUGUCUGACCGCGGGGCCCUUGCUGCAGAGUGGAUCGAGCGCCAGCAGGCCAAGAACAAGUUCUACUAUUACCACCAGAAGUUUCGGCGCGUGCCCGACCUGAGCGAGUGUCUGGAGGGCGACUACCUGUGCUUCUUCGAGGCCGAAGCGCAGUGGAGGAGGGACAGGAUGGUUGAUCAGGAAAUUGUGGAGAUAGUCCGGGAAAGGCUGGGUGCCUGCAAGCAGAGGGAAGGUCCCAACCAGUUCCAGAACUGCGCCAAGGAGGUGGAGCUGCUGGCGCAGGUCACCAAGGCGUACCAGGACAGAUACGGUGACCUUGGCGUCCACGGCAACGCCAGGACGUGCCUGAUGAAGCAGAAGCACAGGAUGAUGGAGGAGAGGAAGGCGCAGGCGAACGCAUCUCAGGAGGUGUAA